GCCCGCCCACUGGUGGGGCUUACAAAAGCACAUCUCAAAACACAGCUUCAGGGUCCCGAGUGGGAGGCUGUAAGAAAGGAUGAGUUCACGCGGGACGCCGUAAACUGCUGGAGAAAGUUCCUUCUUCCACAAAGGUCAGCAUGUGGAGGUCGUCAGGGGGGCCCGGGGGGUGCACCUACACACCACGUGGUGCCGCGGCCGCGCUCACCUGUCUAUCACUGACGCUCGUGGUUAUUGUGGGACACCCGGGCUGCGGACAGAGGGAGCCGCGUGCCGCUGCUGCGGCGGCGGGAGGGGGCGGGACAGUCCUCUCCGUGUAUGUUAGGAGACUGACCCGGGAGAGGAGGGGGGUGAGCGGUCCCGCGCGGAGCGGUGCGCCGCCGCCACCUGUGGAGCACCUGUCCCGCGAGGACGUGUUCAUCGCGGUGAAGACUACCGGGAGGUACCACCGGCCGAGGCUGGAGCUGCUGCUGGACACCUGGAUCUCUGAAAACCUACCUCAGACUUACGUGUUCACUGAUGGAGAGGACAAGAAGCUGAGGGAAAGAAUGGGAGAUCAUCUUAUCAACACAAACUGCUCAGCAGCUCACAACCGUCAGGCCCUUUCCUGCAAAAUGGCUCUGGAGUACGACACUUUCAUUAAGUCAGGGAAAAAGUGGUUCUGCCAUGUCGACGAUGACAACUACCUGAACGUCCGGCCCCUUUUGGCGCUGUUGUCUCAGUUCAGGCACACUGAGGACAUUUACAUUGGUCGGCCGAGUUUAGAGCGGCCAAUAGAGGCGGCGGAGAGCCUCAGCAACUCUGACACGAAGCAGGUACGUUUCUGGUUCGCCACAGGAGGAGCUGGCUUCUGUCUGAGCCGAGGCCUCGCUCUCAAAAUGAAACCUUGGGCCAGUGAUGGCGCCUUCAUGGCCACAGCUGAGAGCAUCCGUCUGCCUGAUGACUGCACGGUUGGCUACAUAGUGGAGGCUCUGCUGGGGGUCAGACUCACCCGCUCUGGGUUGUUCCACUCCCACCUGGAGAACCUGGCGCUGGUGUCAGACAUACACAGACAGGUCACUCUCAGCUACGGCACAGUGGAAAACAGCCGCAACACUGUUAACGUGAAGGGACCAUUUUCUGUGGAGGAAGAUCCUACGAGGUUCAGGUCUGUCCAUUGUCUGUUGUACCCGGACACUCGGUGGUGCCGCGGGGCCUGGAUACUUCAACAGCCGUCCCCGGAGCGGCGGGGAGGGGCGUACUGAUGGAGAAAACAAGCGACUCCUCAGAGACUUUUUCCGCAUCAGCCUGAUCUGACGUCUGGAGAAAGUUGCUGUUUGUCUACAGCAGCAUGACAUUUUGAAACUCCAAAAAGUCAGAUAUUUUAAAAGAAGAACAGAAGAUGUGCUACUUUUUUUUUUUUUUUUUUUGAGGAGACAAACUUCUCUUGGUUCUAGUCAGUAUUUGGCUCUUUGUGAAGUAACAUAACUGAGCACUUUAAGAUUUGAGUGUCCUGUUUUGCAUCAUUGGAUGAACUAACAAAAAGGUGCAACAUUUGGGUAGAUCAGUUUUCCUCAUCAUUUCAAUCCUUUUAGUAAAUGUAUUUAACUCUUCAUACCGUAAUUCCAGAUUUAUCAAGCUGUCACUUUAAGCUCAGAGACGAAACGCUUUUGAUAAGUGGUGGAGACUGGCUGGCUGGCUUUUUAUGAUCUGAACCCCGCAGAGACUGCUUUUAAGAUGUUGUGGCAGUGAAGCGACUGCAUCCAUUUAGAUUUUUUCUUUUUUUUUAUGAAACAACUCAUGUUGAGUCAUCCAUAUUUUUCUUAGAAUGAGAGCUUUUCCUUUCAACAAGGCGGCCUUUUCAUCCGAACUGUGGAUCUGAAAGGUGCACGCUCUGCCUCCAGUAUCUGGACUGUAUAUGGACAUCAUUAAUUAUUAAAGAAAUGUAUAUUAUGCAGAUGUA